AUGAGUGGCGUUUCAGUUCUGCAACAUUUUGAAGUAUAUCAAAAGUCCCGGGUCGCCUUCGUACAAGCUGUAGCUGAGGCAGCGACGCGCCCGCAAAAUAUCGAAGUCAUGCAAAAUGCAGGUGUCAUGCAGCUGUUGCGGCCGUUGCUACUUGACAAUGUUCCAAGCAUUCAACAGUCUGCCGCUCUGGCACUUGGUCGGCUAGCGAACUACAGCGAAGACUUGGCCGAGGCGGUCGUCGGCAAUGAAAUACUUCCUCAACUCGUCUAUUCCCUCUCGGAACAAAAUCGUUUUGUGAAAAAGGCAGCAUCUUUUGUGCUACGAGCAGUGGCAAAGCACUCGCCAGAUCUUGCCCAGGCAGUGGUAGAUUCGGGGGCCUUGGAUGCCUUGGUACCGUGCCUGGAAGAAUUUGAUCCAACUGUGAAAGAAGCGGCCGCCUGGGCAAUUGGAUAUAUUGCGCAGCACACUGCAGAACUAGCUCAAGCAGUGGUAGAUGCUGGCACAGUGGCUCUCUUGGUGCUUUGCAUUCAGGAACCAGAGAUCACGCUCAAACGGAUAUCUGCCUCCGCCAUGUCAGAUAUUUGUAAGCACUCACCAGAGUUAGCACAGGCAGUUGUGGAUGCUGGUGCUGUGGCGUACCUCGCCCCACUUAUUGUGCAUCCGGACGCUAAGCUUAAAAGACAGGUGUGUAGUUGCCUUGCACAAAUCGCAAAACAUUCUGUCGACCUAGCAGAGGUAGUUGUCGAGGCCGAAAUUUUCCCAAACGUACUGAACUGCUUGAAAGACACAGAUGCGUUUGUCAGGAAGAAUGCGGCGACUUGUAUCAGAGAAGUCGCCAAGCACACACCGGAACUAGCAAAGCUGAUUGUCAAUUCUGGUGGUGCUGCAGCUUUGGUGGACUACGUUUCUGAAGCCCAGGGUAAUGCAAAACUUCCUGGAAUCAUGGCAGUUGGCUACAUCGCCGCUUUUUCAGAGACGCUUGCUCUUGCCAUCAUCGUAUCGAAAGGUGUGGCCCCUCUAAAAGAAGCGCUUGUCACUGAGCCGGAGGAUCAUAUCAAGGCAGCUUCAGCAUGGAGUCUAGGCCAGAUUGGCCGUCACACCUCUGAUCAUGCCCGGGCGCUCGCAGAGGGAGACGUCUUGCGCCACUUGCUCGCAUGUAUGGUGCACCAGGACAGCUCAGAGGAUCUCAAAACAAAGUCGAAGCGAGCUCUCAAAGCGAUACUGGCAAAGUGCACCCACCUUCAGGCUCUGCAGCCUCUAUUGCGUGAAGCUCCUGUCAAGGUGCAGAAGUAUGUUCUUAAACAGUUUGCAUCAAUACUACCUCACGAUGUGGAAGCCCGUCGGGCUUUUGUGCAGAAUGGCGGGUUACAGUUCCUUCAAGAACUGAACGAGACUGUCGGAGGAAAAUUGACUGAAUUCAUCCAGCAAAUUAACAGUUGCUAUCCACCAGAAAUUGUUGAGUAUUAUUCACCCAACUACUCGAAGCGACUACUCGAAAAAAUUGAAGAUUACUCACCAAAUGCAUAA